AUGGCUGGCAAAUCGCGGUUCACAAGGCUCGAUGCCUUCGCAAAGACGGUCGAGGAUGCUCGUGUCAGAACGACAUCUGGCGGCGUUGUUACCUUGGCUUCAUUGCUCAUUAUUUUUUGGUUGGUAUGGGGUGAAUGGGCAGAUUACCGCAGGGUGGUUGUCCUCCCCGAAUUGAUUGUGGACAAGUCACGAGGGGAGAGAAUGGAGAUUCAUUUGAACAUGACCUUCCCCAGAUUGCCAUGCGAGCUCUUGACACUAGACGUCAUGGACGUUUCUGGCGAGCAACAAGUUGGAGUUGCCCACGGUGUGAACAAGGUGCGCUUGAGCUCGGCUGCUGAAGGUGGCCGAGUUAUAGACGUUGAGAAACUUGAACUGCACGCAAAGAACGAAGUCGCUGUACACCUUGAUCCCGAAUAUUGUGGAGAAUGUGGAGGAGCACCAGCGCCAGAGAAUGCGAAAAAGCCAGGAUGCUGCAACAGUUGCGAUGAAGUCCGAGAGGCAUACGCUGCGAAGCAAUGGGCUUUUGGCAAGGGCGACAACAUCGAACAAUGUCUCCGGGAGGGUUACGCGGACAAAAUUGAUGCGCAACGUCGAGAAGGUUGCCGCAUUGAGGGUGAUAUCCGGGUGAACAAGGUGGUUGGCAACUUCCACAUCGCCCCCGGCCGUUCUUUCACCAGUGGAAACGUCCAUGCCCAUGACUUGGAGACAUAUCUGGACAGGAGCUUGGAAGGCAGUGACAAGCACACCAUGAGCCACAUCAUUCACCAGCUCAGAUUCGGACCUCAGCUCUCCGACGAGGUCUCGCAGCGUUGGCAAUGGACAGACCACCACCACACAAACCCUCUAGAUGGAACGCAGCAGAUGAGCGACGAGCCAGCUUACAACUUCAUGUAUUUCGUCAAAGUUGUUUCGACCUCCUAUCUCCCCCUGGGAUGGGAUUCCCAGCGAUCCAGCGAGGUCCAUCAAGACCACGAGAGCACGCCGCUGGGACUGCACGGCGCCGCACACGGCUCAUCAGGCAGUGUUGAAACGCAUCAAUACUCUGUGACUUCGCACAAGCGAUCUGUCACUGGUGGCGACGACGCAGCCGAGGGCCAUAAGGAACGCAUUCACGCGCAGGGCGGUAUCCCUGGCGUUUUCUUCAACUACGACAUCUCCCCUAUGAAGGUCAUCAACCGCGAAGACCGCCCCAAGACCUUUACCAACUUUUUGACCGGUGUUUGUGCUGUUAUCGGUGGUACUUUGACCGUAGCUGCCGCAGUAGACCGCUUCUUGUACGAGGGUGCGAUGAGAGUGAAGAAGAAAUCUCACUCGAACUAA